CGGGGGCUAGCGCUUCGCUAUGAACAACAGCCGAGGAAUGCUCGGGCAUCACCGGACCAUGUCGCCAACAAGCCGUCACUUAACCGUGAACAGUAUCCCUCUUAAAACUUGAGGCUGAUCAGAUAACUCGCAUCCAGCUUUACAUUGAAAAAAGACAUAAGUGUAAUCCGACUCCUUUUAAUAUCUACGCUAUAAAGGAAGGAGAAUUUGAAGGGCAUUCAUUGUUAUACCGUACAGCAAAAAGGUUAUAAACCUGGGAUAGCGACCCAUGGAUGAUAGACGCUAUAUACUCAGGUGAAAAUUACAGGAGUGACCAGGAGCCAGUAUGUUACCUCUGUACCUACUCGCCCUGCUGCUGACAGGGACAGAUGCAGCCUCCGUUUUUGACUGCCCCAGUGAUUGGCUCACCAACGAUUUUACUUGUUACAAGUUUUUGUUUGACCCCAAGGUCUCCUACGAAGAAGCUCGCGCAUCAUGUGCUAUAAUGGGAUCUUCCCUGCUGUCUGUGGGCAGUCUGAACGAGCACAAUUUUAUCAACAAUUGGCUACAACGUAAUGAUUUUUACAGGAAUGUGUGGUACACCAGUGGUCUCGAGGAAACAGACAGCUCUAACGUCUACAGAUGGGCCAGUGACAGCUCACUCAUCUCCUCAUCUCUCCAGUUCUGGCUCGCAAACCAGGACAACGUCCAGGGGGAAGUCAUUGUGUAUAAGUUUGAUGGUGUGAAUUACGGGUGGAGUAAAUCUGUUAAGGAUGCGAGGAACUCGUAUGUCUGUGAGAUCAGCCAGGAGGAGGCCUAUAGGCUGGUGCAGGAGAAAAGAGACUUUGAAUAUGGCCAAGUGGUGUCAGAUCUGGAUGACAUCAUGUUUGGUCCACAGAUGACAAUGCAACCGACAAGUGUGAUUGUGGUUUCCCGGGCGAUUACGACUGUCCUUGAGUGUCGCGCCAUUGGAAACCCCCGCCCUGAAUUUACUUGGUCCAAGGUUGUCAAUAGCUCGGAGGUGAAGAUAACUUCUGGUGCAGAUGACCGUUACACAUUGACUAAUGGAAAACUCACGAUCCAGAAACCCGACGAAGAUUUAGAUGCUAAUGAACACUACCAGUGUAGAAUAGAAAACAAAUACGGCAAGAUUUUUAGUGACCCAGUGUCUCUUGGCUUUGGCUACCUGGGAGACUUCUCUAACGUACAGGACGCGCCCGUGUACGCCUUUGCUUACGAUGGAGCUGUGAUAAAGUGUAGUAACAUCAUAUACAAACCAGCUGCAGUAUUUAACUGGCAGAGAGGGGAGAGGCGGGAAUAUAUCUUCGCCUCCACAACACCCUAUACUUUCAUCUCCAGUAACGGUCAGCUCUACUUCUCCGAGGUGACCAGAGUGGACGAGGGAGACUACUACUGUCAAAUCACACUGACUGCUCUGUCUGGCAUCGGUCUUGGGACAUCCCAGGCGCCGAGUAAAACCAGUCUCGUCAUCACCCUCAGUAUCAUAGAUCAAGCGGCCAAAACUGACUGGGGCCCGGUCAUUCAGGACGAUUUCAUUGCAGUGUUCCCACAGCCGCCUCUCAAGGGCCAGGACGUCCGACUGGAAUGCUUCGCCUAUGGAUCGGCCCAGAACUACAUAGACAUGUGGUACUACAGCUGGAGCCGAGACGGUCAGCCGAUGCCAGAGACCGCCAGGUUUGAGAACUUUCACCGUAUAUUGGUGAUCAUGAACGCACGUCUAGAAGAUCAGGGCAACUACACUUGUUUAGUUCGCCGUGGCAACAAGGCAGCUGACAGUAAGACACUGUACCUCAGACUGGAGGCCAAGCCAUACUUCAUACUGCCACUGCAGAACCAGCAUGUGGAUGUGGGCGGUCAGUUGACUUGGCGCUGUGAGGCCAAUGGCUAUCCUUCCCCAGUGUAUCAGUGGUAUAAAAAUGGUGUCGUACUCACCAACUCUCAGGAUGGGCAACUGACCAUCACUGGCAACAACCUGGUGAUCAGGUCCCUGGAUAAAGUUACGCAUGACGGAAUGUACCAGUGCAGUGCCACCAACGUCCAUGGCACCAGCUUCAGCUCUGCACAGCUCAGAGUCUUAGCUUUCCCUCCCAGUUUUGCCAAGUAUCCAGUUGUGGAGGAAUUUAUCGGAGCAUUAAAUGGCAACCUGACCAUUGUAUGUAAACCGGAGGCUGCCCCCAAGGCAGUGAUCACAUGGCUGAAAAACGGGGCCAACUUGAACCUACGGGUAUCAUCCACCGAGACAGGGGACCGCGUGAGACUUCUUCCGAAUGGCUUCCUCUACAUGACACAACUGACCUACGGGGAUAACGGCUUGUAUACCUGUGUGGCUGAGAAUUCACUGGGAAAAGCCACUAGUUCAGGCCGGCUUACAAUCAAACAGGGCACUGUCAUAACCCGCGGCCCAAUACCAGUAACCAAAGUAGUGAUGAAUGAGACGGCCUUUCUGCCGUGCGAGGCCUCCUAUGAUGUCAAUCUUGACCUUGUGUACGAGUGGAAGUUCAAUGGCCAUACACUUGACCUUGCUGUGGAUGUACAUUACAAAAUUGAGGUUUCAUCAUACCUGAAGGGCUUAUACAUUCAAAAUGUUCUCUUCAAACACCGAGGAAUUUAUGAGUGUGUUGCUAAAACUCCACUGAAUCAGGCCUACGCCUCAGGCUCUCUAGAAGUUCUUGGACCGCCUGGAGAACCUGCAGGAGUGUUUGGGGACUCUAAGACCGUGACCGCAUACUCAAUACGAUUACACUGGUUCCCGGGCCACGAUAAUGGGCGUACAAUCAUUUACAACCUCAUACAGUCGGAGAUGGAGUAUGACCCAGGAGUGUGGAGAAACGAGGUCGAGAAUAUUCCAGAUAUAGACACCGUUGUUGCAACCACUGAUAACAACGACAUGCAUAGUUACGUUGUGACUGGCCUGCGUCCUGGAAACGGUUAUCGCUUCCGUGUCCAGGCAGUGAACACCUUUGGGUAUGGAGAGUUCAGCAUCCCUUCUGACAUCUACCAGACUAACCCGGCCCCUCCAUCUGUCGCGCCCUCCAACAUCCGUGGGGGAGGAGGCAGUGUAGCGGACCUCACUAUGAGAUGGGAUAAGCUGCACCGUAUAGACCACGGUGGACCAGGUGUGGGCUAUUACCUGUACUGGAGACUGUUUGACCCCAACCCUAUCAACGACGGUGUCAAGUACAACCACAAAAUAAUAACCGACUACACAGUGGAGGAGUAUGUGAUGUUGGUUGGGGAAAACAACUUCUACCUCCAGUAUGAGGUCAAGAUACAAGCAUUCAACGACUAUGGCAGGGGACCUAACUCCAGUGUGGUUCUUGUCUUUUCUGCAGAGGGCAUGCCGAUCGCUGCACCUCAGGGUUUGUACUGUGAUGGCUACAACGCCACUGCUAUGACAGUCACAUGGGAGACAGUACCUGACACCCGGGAGACGAUGAAGGGCCGUGUCAGGGGGUACCAGAUAAACUACUGGUUCAGUGAGGAUACCGACCCUGUCUACAAACUGUACAUCCGUUACCCGGGCCAGGUGGAUGAGGCAGUAGUCAUUGGACUGUGGGACGACUCUAACUUCUGGUUUGAGGUACAGGUCUACAACACAGCGGGGCUUGGACCACUCAGUGAGAAAUUCAUCCAGGAAACCCUACAUCUUGCUCCCCAGUUGUACCCGCAGGAAGUCCAUGUAUUCUCCCACGGAUCAAACAGUGUACGCCUGCAGUGGCGAGGAGUCAGCACAGCGGUAGAAGAAGCUGUCCUCUUGGGCUAUUACAUUUACCUAUGGCCGGCCAAUGAGCACUACAGGACAGCCAAGAUGAUAGAGACGGAGAAGUUUGAUGUGGAAUUCGUCCUCAAUGACAUAGACAAGGGGAAGGUGUACGCUGUGAGAGUGGCUGGCUUCAGUGAUGGAGGAGAGGGCAAGAAGUCCCCCACACUGUACUUCACUCUAGGUGGUCAGGUACCCAUCGACCCCACAGUGUCAGAGAUCCGAGCAGGUGCCCCUCCCUCAGGCUCUUCCAUUCUCCUCCUGCUUGUAGUAUCCCUUGCACUGAUGUUCCUGUGAGACAGCAGCUGUUCCGUUAUCCUCCUGCUGACUGUUUCCCUUGAAAUGCUGUUUUUGUGAAAUUUGAGCAGUUCCAAUAUCCUCCUGAUGAAAAUCUUGACUUAAUAACUGUGGUAUAUAAUAGCAAUAGUUAUGAUGCAGAAACCAGGAGUAAGGAUGGGGCAUGGACAUUGUAUGGAAUUGCCAAUUUUGUUUUUAAAAAAAUGUUAGAGAAUCGACAAGUUUAUGCUGAAUAAUCUUUAUUUUUAUCUCCUGCAAAAAAGGUUAAAGACAUGCAGGUUUAUAAAAUGUGCCUUAAAGUUGAUAAAUGUAUAAGAUAUAACUGUGAUAGUCAGUAACGUGUGUUUCUGUUUUUACAAACCACAUAUAGUACCUGUUAUAUUGAUCAAAAUGUUUUACGAUAUUUCAAAUCUACAACCAAUGUUCGAGACACAUUUUUUUCCCGAGAAUCAGAAACAAUUAUAUGUUGUCCUUUUAAAUGACUUCUUAUUUUUAAAUUGUACAUACACUAAAAGUUUGUAAAUAGGUAUGCUCAUAGUGAGAGCUAUUAUGGUAAGGGGUAACCAUCGGGUUAAAAGAUUGUUUACCAACGUCACUGUUACCAGCUAAUUUGAAAUAUGAAGUCCUUUUCAACACAAGUGUUCCAUGUUAAUUUCAUGUGGUAUGAAUUUUAAAGGGUUAUGGCCGCUGAAGAUUUGAAUAUUUGUAUACAAAAUAACACAAACAAAACAAAAAACAUAAAAACCAAAAUAAAAGGUGAAGGGAUCAAACUCUGAGGAGACCUUUGCACUGUCAUUGUUGCUAUCUGUGAAUUUAAAUGAUCCACAACAAAGAUUGGAGUUUAUAUGAGGGCUGCAAAGCCUACAGGAAAAAAUGAUGGAACAUUUAGAGAUGAAAGGGAAGUUACUCCGAGACAGUCGCACUCCUUUUGACUGCUACAUCUGUAUCUUCUAUAUAAAGGAGAAAACUGCCAGUUGGGUAAAACAGGAAAGUGUAACUCUUCAUUACCGUGGUACCUUUUACCUUAAAGAGCUAACUAGCUGAAAGGUACUAUGUAGUUUAUCAGGGAUACAUGAUUACUACAAAAGAAAUAUUUUAUAAAUUGAUUUUAGGGAGUGAGAAUUGAAUUCUGCUGCCAAAUAUUUUGUGUAUUUGCCUUAUAUUUCCUUAUACACAUGCUGGUCAUGGGUAAUUGACCGGGAGAGGGGGGUCAGGGAAAGGGUUUGGGGAGAUAAA